AUGGAUGAAGUUCCAUGUCCACAUGCUUUGGCUGUUAUAAAGCUCAACAAAUUGACGUCAGCCCAGUAUUGUUCAUUUUACUACAGAAGGGAUCAUAUGCUUGCAACUUAUGAAAUUCCAGUAUAUCAUAUUCUGGAUGAGAGUACAUGGGUGAUCCCGAGAAAGGUGCUAGAGAAUGUGGUCCUACCACCAAAAGGGAGAAGAAAUGCAGGAACGCCAAGAAAGAAAAGACUCCUACCAUCUUCAGAGAAAGCAAAAAAAAAGAAGAAAUUCUCAUGUUCAGUGUGUGGCCAAGAUGGUCACAGUCGGAAAACAUGUGGAAAUCCACCAAAAGAUUGA